AUGAAUAUUGACAACAUUGAUGUUCCCGCUGACACUGAACAACAAGCUUUGCCGGUAGUUGGUGGUUCCCGUAACUAUGUUGCUGAGAAAAACCAGAUUGAUGAUUCAGAUGAUUCCAAACCAGAAACCGCCAUUCAGGCCGAGCACAAGGCAACAUAUUUUGAAGAGAAAAUAUCUAUACCUGAUCCUGAUAAUUAUAGUUUCAGCUUCCGUAAAUUAUGGGCAUUUACAGGUCCAGGAUUUUUGAUGAGCAUUGCUUAUUUAGAUCCUGGUAAUAUUGAAUCUGACUUACAGACUGGUGCUAAAGCAAACUUUAAGCUUUUAUGGGUAUUAUUAUUGGCUACAUUCCUGGGUCUUCUCAUGCAGCGACUUGCUGCAAGACUAGGUGUUGUAACAGGAAUGCACCUGGCCGAGGUGUGCCACUCUUUUUACCAUAAAAUACCAAGACUCAUUCUUUGGAUAAUGGUUGAGAUAGCUAUUAUAGGUUCUGAUAUGCAAGAAGUCAUAGGAACAGCCACUGCUCUCUUUCUACUCUCCAAUGGAAAAAUUCCAUUGUGGGGAGGUGUCCUGAUCACAAUCACUGAUACUUUCACCUUUCUACUGCUGGAUAAAUAUGGACUAAGAAAGUUAGAAGCUUUUUUUGGUUUCUUAAUAGCAGUAAUGGCAUUGACAUUUGGAUAUGAGUAUGGUACUGCUGCUCCGAAUCAAGUAGAAGUCUUAAAAGGCUUAUUCAUUCCUUACUGUUCAGGUUGUGAUUACACACAACUGACUUAUGCAGUUGGGAUCAUUGGUGCUGUUAUAAUGCCACACAAUAUAUUUUUGCAUUCUGCUUUAGUCAAGUCUCGAGAUGUGGAUCGGAGUAAUAUUAAAAAAGUGAAGGAAGCAAACAUGUAUUACUUCAUUGAAGCAGCCAUUGCCCUGCUUAUAUCUUUCAUCAUAAACAUGUUUGUAGUUUCCGUGUUUGCUGAAGGUUACUAUGGCAAGAAUUCUACAGUAGUGUACGAAAACUGCAUAAAGAAUGAUGUUAAAUAUUCUUAUGAUCUUAAUACUACAAUCACUGAAGUUGACAUACUGAGAGGGGGAGUAUUUCUUGGCUGUCAAUAUGGAUUACCUGCCAUGUAUAUUUGGGCAGUUGGCAUCCUGGCAGCUGGACAAAGCUCGACAAUGACAGGGACAUAUGCUGGUCAAUUUGUCAUGGAGGGUUUUCUAAAUCUUCGAUGGAAGAGAUGGCAACGGGUCUUACUUACCCGAUCCAUUGCUAUCCUGCCCACAGUUCUGGUGGCUGUUUUCAAAGGCGUACAUGACCUUUCUGGAAUGAAUGAAUUUCUUAAUGUCCUGAUGUCUCUACAACUUCCAUUUGCUCUUCUCCCUAUCUUAACAUUUACCAGCACUAAAAUUGUCAUGAAAGAUUUUCAGAAUGGAUUAGUAAUGAAAAUUAUAACAGGAACCCUUGCAGCAGUGGUCAUUGGCAUUAAUCUUUUUCUUGUGAUCACUCAAGUUGAACAAUUGCCACCCAAAUGGUACAUUUAUUUUGCUAUUGGCAUAGGCACGGCUCUAUAUGUAGCAUUUGUUUUAUAUCUGGUUUGGUAUUGUCUUGUAGUAAUGGGUUUCCAUUUUCUUCUAAAAUUGCCAUUUUCUGAUCGCCUUGGGCCAAAAUAUGAUCUGGAAUGGUGGAGCAAUGAGUCAGAUCUUUCUGGAAUGGCUAUGUCAAGUCAGAUCAGUUCAACAUCUUUGAAUACAGAUUGA